AUGUUCUCCUCGGCGCUGAAGUCGAUAUCAUCGACCAACAUCACCGCGAACUACUCCAUCUCCUCCAACCAGACCUCGUCCGCUGGCCCGUGGAAGAUUUUCGAUUGCAAGAAGAAGUCGACUGGAAAGCCCUACAGCGUCUUCGUUUUCGACAAGAAGGCCCUCGAUAGCCAUGGCAACAGCCUGGGUCGGUCGGGCGCGUCCGCCUUCAAGCGAGCUACGGAAGAAGUUGUCGAGAGACUGAAAAAGGAGGCUUCGAGCUUGGCGAAGCUGAGACAUCCGAGCAUCCUCGAGCUCGUCGAGCCGGUCGAGGAGACAAGAGGAGGAGGCCUGCAAUUCGUCACGGAAGCUGUCACGGCCUCGCUGGCGAGCUUGUUGCAGGACAAGGAUGACCAGGAGCGAAGUGGCGGGGUUGGUGGACGUUCGAGCCGAUAUGUAACCGAGGACUCAGACGGCGUGCGGCGUCGGCGGGAGUUGGAAAUUGAUGAGCUGGAGAUACAAAAGGGACUCCUUCAGAUCAGCAAGGCUCUGGAGUUUUUGCACGAGAAUGCCGGCUUGGUUCACGGAAACCUGACUCCGGAUGCUAUUCUCGUGAAUUCUAAGUCGGAUUGGAAAAUCAGUGGUCUGGCAUUCUGCGGUCCUUCCGAAGGCUCAAACAAGCCGACAUCGUUUCAACCUAUAAGCCUCUCAGAGGUUCUCAACCCAGACCCUCGAUUGCCGAGAUUUGUGCAGAUCAACCUCGACUAUACCUCUCCCGACUUCGUCCUCGACAACAAUUUCACCACCUUUGCCGACAUGUUCUCAUUGGGUCUCCUGGCCGUGGCCCUUUAUAACUCACCACACAAGUCUCCUCUGGAAUCCCAUGGUAGCCUGUCCACCUACAAGAGGGCGUUUACCUCUUCAUCCACAGUACCAUCAACUUCGAACCAAUUCCUGUCCUCUCGGCCGUUGCCAAAGGAGCUUUCCCAGCAUGUUCUUCCCCGCCUCAUCACCCGUCGUCCAGCACAGCGCUUGACAGCGAAAGAGUUCCAAGAGAGCGAAUACUUCAACAACGUCCUGGUAUCCACAAUUCGAUUUCUCGAUGCAUUUCCGGCGAAGACGCCGAAUGAAAAGGCCCAGUUUAUGCGAGGCUUGGUUAAAGUCCUGCCAUCCUUCCCGAAGUCUGUCAUGGAGAAGAAGUUGGUGCCAGCAUUACUCGAAGAGAUGAAGGAUAAGGAUCUCAUCGCAUUGAUUCUCCAGAAUGUCUUCACCAUUGUUAACUUACUACCUGCCGCGAGACGAGUCUUCGCCGAAAUGGUUCGGCCGAGCCUGAAGGAGACUUUUGCUCCGCCUCCAAAGAAGGACCAGGCUCCGGAGAGGGACCCAACCAAAGACGCGGGGUUGAUGGUUGUUCUCGAACAUAUGUCAACAAUUUGUAACAACUGCAACGGCAAGGAAUUCACAGAUGAUAUUUUGCCAGUCGUCUACGCGGCGAUUGAGGCCCCAACACCAGCUGUGGUUGAUGCGGCUCUGAGGGGCUUGCCCUCAAUCCUCCCCGUGCUUGACUUCAGUACCAUUAAGAACGAGCUCUUCCCCGUUAUCGCGGCGGUCUUCAGCAAGACAAGCAGUCUCGCUAUCAAAGUUCGUGGUUGUCAAGCCUUCGUUGUGCUAUGCGGCGGAACACCUGAUGGGCAAGACGACGGACUCGAUGCGUUUGGUGGCAAGAAAAAGCCCUCGGCAUCUUCGAGCAUGUUAGACAAAUACACCAUGCAGGAGAAGAUUGUUCCGCUGGUCAAAGCCAUCAAGACAAAGGAGCCUGCUGUCAUGAUGGCAGCUCUGGGCGUUUUGCAUGUUGUGGGAGAGGCUGCUGACGCCGACUUUGUGGCAAUGGAUAUUCUCCCCAUCCUUUGGCAUAUGAGUCUCGGCCCUUUGCUCAACUUGAAGCAGUUCCAAACUUUCAUGGACCUCAUCAAGAAGUUAUCCAGGAGAGUUGAAGAUGAGCAAACGAAGAAGCUACAGGAGCUUUCGGGCACCAAUGGCAGCACGACCACGGCCGCCAACGACGACUUUUUGGGCUUUGGUGGUGUUAGCGGAACUGGAUUCGAUCAGUCCAACGGCGGUUCAGAAGACGAUUUUGAGAGCUUGGUGAAGGGCAAAGCAACGCGAUCAUCCACGUCGGACGCCUUCCCCAGCUGGGACGAUGCACCUGCCCCGGCCAGAGUUACCUCACCCGCUGGUGGAUCUAGAUCAGCAACUCCGGCCUUUUCUUGGUCAACUCCGAGUCCGACACAAACAUCUGCUCCGCCAUCAUCACAGUUUGCAGCGCCGAAGCCUCAGCCUAGCUUCCGUACGGUGACGCCCGACUUGGGCAGUUUCCAAGCUAUGACUCCAACAUCGACUCAGUUCUCAAAGCCGAUGCAACCAAUGACUCAACCACAAGCGCAACCACAGACACAGACAAGCUCCUCGGUGAAUUGGUCCACGGCAGCAGCAGCAACCUCGAAUCCGUGGUCGUCGUCGUCAACCGCAUCGACGCCGGCCUUUUCGGCCGGUAACCCCAUGUCGCCACCUCCGAGCUCCGCUUUUGGUGGAAUGAACUCACCCAUGUCUAACAUGUCGCUUGGCGGACAGAGGCCGGGCUUGUCGCAGCAGUCAUCUUCUUUUUCGUUGCCACCGCCGCCAGCCAACAAGUCGAUGGGUUCAUCCGGGUCAUCCGGGUUUAGCUUACCACCACCGCCCAGUCACACACCGACACAGUCGGGUCUGAGUGCUUUCAGCAAGCCCGCAACCAAUACUGGUGCGGGCGUGAUGAGUCAACAACCGAUGAAUGGUAUGGGUGGAAUGAGUGGCAUGGGCUCACGGCCUGGAAUGAGUAUGGGCAGUAUGGGGAUGAGUUCGGGCGGCAGCAUGAACAGCAUGAUGAAUAACAUGAGCAUGAACAGCAUGUCUGGCCUUCAGCAGCAGCAACAGCAGCAGUCGCAGCAACCGCAGCAGCCGAAGAGUGGAUUGGAUAAGUACGAGAGUCUCAUUUAG